CGGCUAUCCAGAACCAUCUUACACGUGGUUGCACGACGACCAGAGAAUACAAGCUGCAGGCGACGAACUGGUGAUCGAGUUUGUCGAGUUUAAACACAGAGGAUUGUACGCGUGUAAAGCAACUAGUGUGUUUGGAGAAUACAUGUCGACUAACAUGUUGAAUGUGACCGUGUUAGUGCCAGCAAGGAAUGUCACAAUGACGAUAGACGGUAAUAAUGUAGACGGUAACAUGACGAUACUUGCGGGAUCCCAUGAGGUUAGCUGCACUACAGGUAAAAGCUUUCCGGGAGGAACAGUAACAUGGAAGCUUGGUGAUACAUCUGUAGACGGAGCUAAUACUUCACAUGCCAGUGAUGUUGAUGGAACUAUAACGACGUACAGCAAACUGACGCGUACGUUUUCCGCUGAUGACCACGACAAAAUACUUGCCUGUCAUGUUGACAUCCACGAAUCAUUCCAGUCACCGUCAGUCGAUGUUCGGCUCAAUGUUAUUUACAUUGGAGGAGUCAGAGUAAGCGGUGACAGCCAGGCAGGCGUUAUGACUGUCAACGACAGCAGUGCGCUGUGGCUGCUCUGUAACGCAGACGGAAACCCCGAGCCAAGUUAUUCAUGGCUUCACAACGGAACUGUUAUCACAGCAAAAGCCAACAGAACGUACGAGAGAGACUCUGUCACCCCUGUCGAUGCGGGCGACUACGCAUGCGCAGUGUGCAAUCUUGCAGGAAAGGUCUUCUCUACUAAUACAAUGGCUGUGGUCGUUGUACCUCCACAACAAACAUCAAGAAUUGGACUUAUUGUCGGACUGGUCAUUGGUGGUUUAUUAAUUGUAAUCCAAUUCAUCGUCAUCGUAGUAAUCCACCUGAAAAUUAGAUUAACUUUACAGACGAAUACUCUGUUAAAAGGCGGCGCACAAGUAACGUACGAAAACGAGGACUACAUCACGGAUCAAGAGCCACCAGGUGGUCAUAAGCUGGAGUUCUCCACCCAACCAAGCAGCAAACAUCAUGCAGUAGAGCAGUAUGACUCCUGUAUCGAGGAUACCUCGAUCACACAUGCAAGUCGUUACGAACAAGGGAAUCCGCGACCAAGUAAAAGAUCGAGCCAACGAGCCUGGUCCGACGAACCACAAAAUAACGACGAGGGCGGUUGUCAUGGCUCUACCGCUUUGUCGCUGCAGCUGAAGCUUGCACUGUUCCUGUUCUACUAG